AUGGACUUCAGAAGCGCGAAUUCUUUGAACAGUCGAGUGAAUCUGCUGUCGGGCAAUCUGCUGCCGAUAGCGGGCGGUGAUUCGACAUUUUCGCUGAUCUGGCACGUAUACAGCAUCAUCGUUUGGAUAAUUGAACUGGUUCACACGAUCGCGCUGAUCUUUGGGUUAGUUCUGGCGCCGCCAGAGAAAGCCCUGAAAGACGGCACCGUGUGCGUCGUGGUCACCCUGGAGGUCUCCUUCAUGCUCACCCGACUUUAUACGAGCCGGAAGAUAUUAGAGCGAGUCGUCGUCAAGAUGAACGACAUCCUGAGCGACGCGGACGAGACGAUGAAGUACAUCGUCAAGUCAACUUUGAGUCCGAUAACGAAGACCUUUACGUUGUACGGCCUGAUAGCCGGAUCGACCAUCAUCAUAUGGACCAUACAGCCGGUGACGUUUGCCUUUGACAAGGACGCCUUCUUCUACGUGGAUUACAAUUUGCCGUGCGCAUUCAGCACUGAGCCGUUCUCGCGCGGCAUGCUGGUCGUGUCCUCUGUCUUCAUGACGAUCGGCAGCCUGUUGCUGUUCCUGAAGAAAUACAGUGUGGACGUGUACAUGAUGCAUCUGGUGCUGAUGUUGACCGCGCAGUAUCGAUACACGGCGGAGAGACUGAUGUUGUUGUUUCGAGAUCUUCACGAGGAUAGUCGCGUGGACGACUGGCGCGACAAGACGCUUCGUCGUGGGACGGAUCGGCGGAUGGAAAGGGAGUUGAGAACGUUAUGUCGGCACCACAACAUGGUUUUACGCAUAUCGUUUAUGUUGAGAAAACUGCUAUCUGUGAACUUCAGUUUGCUUUACAUGAACAGCGUCUUUCGCUUCUGUUGUAUAGGUAUUCUUAUGAGUACAAUACCAUCGCUAACUUUAACGGAAGGGAUGUCCAUCAUAUUGUUCUCACUCGGUUCGGUAAUGCAAUUCUUUCUGUUAUGUUCCUCUGUGCAAACGUUGUCGGACGCGAGUACGGAAAUAACGGAUAAAGCAUUUGACGAAAGCUGGUAUCAGUGUGGUCCGUCGAUGAAAGUUACAUUCUUGUUGCUGAUAAUGGCCAACAAUCUGGACUGUAAAAUCGCGGCGAUUGAGAAGUUCAAUCUGUCUCUGCCCUCCUUUAUGACGAUCAUGAAUCAAUCAUACUCAAUCGCACUUUUAUUUCUAAGAGCAAAUUGAGUGCAACAAGGGACACGUCUCGAGUAUGGAAAAUAUAGGAUUUCUGGACCAUCUCAGUUAAUUAUUACAUAUAAUUGGUAAUCGUAUGUCGUGUAUGUAUCUAAUGACAGGUGAUUACAAGGGGUAAAGGGAGUUAAGA